CAGACCCAUAGGUGUAUCCACACACGCACGCACACAUACGUAAACGUAUACACAGCCACGCAUACGGCCAUAAGCAGAGUCACUCAUACAGCCACUCACACAUCCACUCACUCACACACAAAAAGCCACAUACAUCCGUCAGUGUCGACAAUCUAUUUAUUGUAAAGCUAUGCGUUGGAUACAUGUGGCUGUCUGUCACUUGAAGUAUCUCGAACACCAUAACACAGCAACAUGUGUGUUGUCAGUACACACCUGUGUGUCUCGUGUACACACCUCUAGACGGACAUAACUUACCCAAACUCAUAUACAUACAUACAUACAUACAUAUAUAUAUAUAUAUAUAUAUAUAUAUAUAUAUAUAUAUAUAUAUAUGUAUGCAUGCAUGUAUGUUUGGAUAUGUACAUGUUUGUAUGUAGUAUGUUUGGGUUUACGAGCGGAAAAAAAGAACUCAAUACGUGACGCAGAGUGUAUAUAAUAUUUUCUGAAAUUUGCUACUGGAGUUACUCAAAGGCCGAGGAUUUCGUGUCAAGGUACACAACCUAUAUUUAUACAUAUGUAUUUAUACAUACAAACACACAAUUUUUGCAUGCAUAUCCGCACGAACAAGUAUAUAUGCUAAUGUUUUCAUAUACACACGCUUAUGCACACACACAUAUAUAUUAUAUGUAUGUAUGUAUGUAUGUAUGUAUUUAUUCGUAUAUGCAUAUGUACGUGCACACAACUAUCUCGACUUAAGAGAAAUAAUAGCGUAUACUUAAAACAACUCUGAACAUAAUACAUAUAUACACAAAUACAAACACUCACACACUCACAGACAUUACACACACACACACACACACACAGUUCAUUGCACGCACACGUUCAUAUACAUAUAUCGUUAUACAUUUUAUAUUUUUACACACACGCACACAUACACACACACACACACACACACUCCUUCAACACUCAGAAAAGAGAGAGAGAGAGAGAGAGAGAGAAGAAAGUAAAAAGAAAAAGAGAAAAGAGGAGAAAAUAACAGAUGAGAAAUAUAGUGUAGGUGGUGAUGGUGGUGGUAGUGGUGAGAGGGAGAGAGAAAGAAAAUGAGAGAGGGUGAGAGAGAGGCUUGUGUGGUUUUAUUAGUUCAGUAGGAUGUUGUUGAGGUUCGAUUCUCAGUGCUGUCACGUUUAACCCCGCUCAGACAGAUCACAGAACUAAUCACAACAACAACCACACUUCAUCCAUCUUCCUAUAUACACCAGAUUCAACGUGGAUUUCUCAGUAUUAACGGAUAAACUACGAACUAACUUGAUGGGUUGUGCACCCAGCAUACGUGGGUCCCGACCUGGCUACUGUCGGGACCGAGCCGAUGACUCGAACUCGUCACCGGUGGCCAGGUCACAACCGAAGUUAAGUCGCUUCUUCCCCAUGUCACACGCGUUACGCUCCGGCAAUUUACCCACGGAUAACCCGGAGAUCGACGAACCACCACCCAAUGAACAGACCUGUGAUUACGCUAUGUUUGGACCGAUGCGACUGAAGCAUAUCAAAUUGUCAGUGCUGCUUGUAUUCCCAAAGGAAGACUCACAAUGUGAUGCUUUUCAAAUGGCUGCCAAUCGGCUGAAAUAUGAUUUAUUUGUGGUGCGAUCUGCUGAAGCUGCUAUUGAGUGUUACAGAGAGUGUCAUUACGAUAUUGUGAUCAUUGACCAACGCCAGAGUAAAAUACUGGACUCUGAGCAAGUUUGCAGAAGCAUGCACCAGAUGAAAUCCAGUGAAAACUCUGUAUUUUUAGCAGUUACCAAAAAAUGUCCUUCAGAUAAGGAAGAACCAUGCAUUUUCACCCUUCUCCAAGCAGGUUUUAAUAAAAGAUAUCUUGAAAACAGCAAUGUUGGGUCAUGCAUGAAUGAAUUACUCUCUCUUGAUGCUGAUGUCCAUCAACGCUACAAGUUAUCAGCUUCCAUGGCUCUCUUCACGGCCCUGGAGUAUGCUUCAGAUGCUGUGGAGAUAGUGAAUGCAGAUCAUGAAAUACAGUAUAUCAAUAGUGCGUACGAGCGACUCUCAGGUUAUGCCACAGAUGAAAUCCUUGGCAAAAAUGCAAAAGAAUUUCCUCGAAGUGACAAAGUGAAACCAGAACACCUGGAUAUUAUUAACAAUCACCUCGUCAAAGACAAAUUGUGGGAAGGUUUACAUUAUAUGCGUCGGAAAAGUGGUGGAAGUAUCCCACACCAUUGUAGAAUUGUCCCAGUUCUUGGACCUCUGGGGAAAGUUAUGUAUUAUGUUUCUGUGAAAAACAAUCAUGAACUAUUUUUUAAUCAACUCCGAGAUGGUGAUCUGAGUGGAAGUCAGCUGGCCAAUGGUGCUGUGCAGGGUCUUAAUCGACACCGAGAAUCAUUAUCUAAAAUGCAAUCAGUUUUAGUUGAAGCACCCAUUAACAAAGCUAUCAGCAUCAUCAGCAGCGUGCAGGAGAACUGUUCUAACCCCGUGGGACAAGCUUUAGACAAAGCUUUGGAAAUAUUGCGAAGCAGUGAACUCUAUUCUCCCUAUUUAUCUCAACCAAUGAAAGACGACCAAAUGAGUUCUGAGCUAGUUGGAGGGUUACUGUCUCAAGGAUUAAGAAGACGGUUUUCAAACUAUGACGUCAACAGAUCUUCCCAUCACUCACAUUUCCACAACAUUCCAUCAAGUCCAACGACAAUCUUGAACCAAGUACCAGAAAAAAUCCAGUUAAUUCUGGAAACAGAAACCUCCUGGCGCUUUAAUAUCAUAGAUCUGGAGAAAGCUACAAACAACAGGCCACUCGUAUAUUUAGGUUUAAAAAUAUUAUUGCGAUUCGGAGCCUGUGAAGUACUUAACGUCAGUGAAACGUGUCUCAUGAACUGGUUACAGACAAUUGAGUCGAAAUAUCAUGCUUCCAACUAUUACCAUAACUCUACUCAUGCUACUGAUGUUCUUCAUGCAGCAGCCUUCUUCUUGGAGCAACUAAAAUACAAAGCUAUCUUUGAUCAUAUGGAUGAAAUCUCCUGCCUCAUUUCCGCCAUAAUCCACGAUGUUGACCAUCCUGGACGAACAAAUGCAUUCUUGAUUAAUGCUCGCAAUGAACUGGCAUUGCUCUACAAUGAUUUAGCUGUACUUGAAAACCAUCAUGUCUCCCUAGCAUUUUCAGUGACUUGCAAGGAUGAUUCAGUAAACAUCUUCAAGAACUUAUCUCAAGAUGAUUUCCGCAGCAUGCGACAUUCAAUCAUAGAUAUGGUUUUGGCAACGGAAAUGACAAAACAUUUUGAACACGUCUCCAAAUUUAACAACUGCAUCAAUAAAGUCCUAACAAAACCUUCGGAAGCUUCACCCACGAGUGACCAAAGCAGUAUGGACAGUAUGAGCGACAUUGUGGCUCACCUCUCAACAGACGAGAGUCGAAUUCUGAUUAAAAGAAUGCUUAUGAAGUGUGCGGAUAUCUCAAACCCAUGCCGACCUCUCGAUCUUUGCAUCAUUUGGGCAAAACGAAUUGCUGAAGAAUAUUUUGAUCAGACUGAUGAAGAAAUAGCAAAACACCUCCCCAUUGUGAUGCCAAUCUUCUCUCGCAACACAUGUAGCAUUCCUAGAUCUCAAUGUAGCUUCAUUGAGUAUUUCGUUCAAGGGAUGUUUGAAUCGUGGUCAGAAAUCUGUGAUAUUCCCGAAUUAAUGGAGUUCCUCAAGGUUAAUUAUCAAUACUGGAAGAAGGAAGAUGUACAAGAAUCAGCAGAAUUACCAGAAAUUGAAGAAGAGAUUUCCCAAAGUGAAGACACAAAGGAAGAUUCCAAAGAUAGUUAGGGGACAUUUUAGAAACUAAGUGAUAUGUUUAAGAAGUGUUUGAUUGUGUUUUCAUAUUAGUGGACAUUGAUGGCCACCUUAAAUCCAAGAAGAACAAGAGAAAUGAAUGGACAAAAGAUAAACCGUUGUUAAACAGAAGUUGACCAUGUCAUCCCAAAGAAAAGAAACUAUGGAAAAUAAUAAUAUUAAUAAUAACAAUGAUAAUAAUGAUGAUGAUAAUUAAAAAAAACAACAAAUAUUGUUCUAUUUUUAUAAACAGCUUCCGACUCCAUCGUUUCAUGUUUCUUUUAUUCUUCCUUUCAUUCAUAAAAGGAAACAAUAAUUUGGAAGAACAACAACAACAACAACAAUAACAACAACAACACAAGGAAUAUUCUUGAUGAAACUGCUGUUCAAGAAAAUAAAUACCAGGACAAAAGAGAACAACAAAAGAAAUAAUAAAGAAAAGAAAAUAAUACAAAACUGCUUUUUUUGUGUGCAUGUAUGUGUGUGUAUCUGUGUGUGUGUGUGUGUGUGUGUGUGUGUGUGUGAUGGCAGUGAGCUGAUGUUUAGUGAUGAGGGAUAAUUAGGAUAAUCUACAAACCCCCUGGAUUAUAGAGACUUUGAAACUGAGACCCCCUACACCCAUUGACCCUACCCCCCAAUUGUAUCCUUACCACCAAGUUAACACACACCAUUAUAUGUAACAAACAUAAAAAAAGAAAAAAGACAACAAACACAUAUAUUUAAAAAUAACACAAAUAAUAAUUAUGAAAAUAAAAACAUUAAAUAAUGAAAAAAACAUUUUUAAUGGAAAAAAAAACAUUAGAAUUUAUAUAUUUAUGAAAGAAACAAUGACAGGCUUCUGGAGACGUUGAUCAGUCGUUAAAGGAGAGGUGUGCGAUAUAAAGAGACAAUAUAUCACAACAACAACAACAACAUAAUAAUGAUGAUAAUAAUAAUAAUAAUAAUAUAAAUAAUAAUAAUAAUAAUAAUAUAGUAAUAAUAACAAGCAAAACCAACAACAAUAUCUGCAGCAACAGCUAAAAUAUGAUUUGAUUUGUUUUUAUUUUUCUUUCUUUGCAUGCAUGUAUGUGUGUGUGAGUGUGUGUGUGUGUGUGUGUGUGAGAGAGUAUGUGUGUGCGUGCGUGCAUGCGUGUGUGUGUGUAUGUGUGUGUGUGUGUGUGUGUGUGAGCAUCUGAUAUAAAAUUUGCGUUGCUUGGAACUUCAAGUUUUGUUUCAUAGUUCAGCCUCUUUAGAUGAAACUUGCAUUCCCAACCGACUCAAAUUUUGUAAGGAAUUUGACUCGACUCUCGGUAUUGAGUCAUUUGACUCGACUCUCAGUAUUGAGUCAGUUUGUCAGUAAACGUUUCCUUGUUAUAACAACCUUAAUUUAACAUAUAUACAUGUAUACAUGUAUACAUGUAUACAUGUAUACAUGUAUACAUGUAUACAUGUGUGUGUAUAUCUAUAGAUGUGUGCAUGUGCAUGUGUGCAGGUGCGUGUGUAUGUGUUUGUGUGUGACACAUAUAUAAUAGUUUUAUUUUGGUCAAGUUAGACACUCCGUCACUUGUUAUUCUGCAUUUUGCCUCUGUGUGCCCAAGCUCUUGUAAUUGUCCGAAGCAGCCACAGGUGAAACUCAGAGUAGCAAGGGACUGACUUGACCAUGAGACCAAAAUAAAAAUAUUAUUAACUCCUA